CUGCCAUCGCUUGGAAGAGUCCGGCUCCUCCAGCUGCCCUCGCGAUCGGAAGGCUGAAAGUCGCGUACUGGAUAUAAACAUAGCUUUUUGUAAAGCUGAAGAACCGGCGAUAUGGCAGGAGCAUCGGCCGCAGACGUCAGGAGCAUACUGUCUCUCCCUUCCACUCCGGGACCCUCUCAGAUGCGGAAGACAACAUCCAACACGGAGCGCGCGCGCAAGCCGGACGGUAUCUCAAGAGAGCUCUACUCUCUUAUUGGACCCUCGGCGCCGACGCUUGCUGCCCAGUUCGCGAAGCCUAGGCUGAGGCAGAAGCCGAAUCUUGGCGGCGGAGGCAGGGUGAAAUGGGAAUGGAAGUCAUUCAAGAAUGGAGCGCGCUCGGACUCGUUGAAGUUGUCGCAUUGGACGAAGGCAGAGACGGAUCCUGAUGCUGACUACCCCUUUGCGAAAUACAACAUCCAACCUAUGGCAUACGUGUAUUCACAAGAUGAGUAUACCCGAUUCCUGGAAGACAAGGAUUGGACGAAGGAGGAGACGGACUAUUUGUUCAAUCUUGCCCGGGAGUAUGACUUACGAUGGUACAUCAUCCAUGACCGAUACGAAUAUGAAGGUGGUCCGGAACGAACCCUUGAGGACCUGAAAGAUAGGUACUUGAGCGUUUGUCGAAAGCUUGUCAGGAAUCGUCCUCGGGCAGGAGACGAAGCCACCCGGAACCAGUUGAUGUCAAGCCUAGCGUUCGACAAAGAACGCGAGAUUACAAGAAAACGCUACAUAGCAAGUCUUGAGAGUCGAACGCCACAGCAAAAAGCCGAGGAAGAUGCCCUCUAUGUAGAGCUCAAGCGGCUCGAACAAAAUGAAAGACGAUUCAAGCGUGACCGCGAAGAACUACUUCGUACCCUACUCGGCAUCGAGUCCGGGCUACCUGAUAUCAAAGAGGAUGAGGAUGGCCUUAUGAAUGGGCCUGCAGAUACGAGAAAGAGGAAGAAGGGAACCCAUACAGCGGAAUCAGAGACACCUAUCUCAGCGACGCCUUCUUCGAAUAUCAUCUCGCUCGGACAGCCGUCCAAGAAAGGGCACUCAGCGAAGUCUGCUGCAUACGACGCUCUUCACUGCAUACAUCGUACCGAUAUACCACCGGCAAACGCGCCGCCCACGAAGACCGCGCAUCAGCCAGUGUAUCUCCGAUCCUAUAAGCUCCCCCAGCCAAAGCUCACCUCCGUGGCCAAGGUGGCACAGGCGCUCGGAGAGCUCGGUAUUUCACACACGCGUCUCGUUAUGCCAACGCGGGAGAACUGUACGCAGCUGGAGGGGCUUCUAGACGCAGCUACGGCCCUUGUGGAGACCAAGAAGGUCGUGGACAGGGUCGAGCAGGAUAUUCGUGUUGCAAGAGAAAGACUGGGCACACAGGGAAACGAGAGUGCCGAGGAUGGUACGGGUGCUGGAGAAGCUUUGCCAAUCCCGAUGGAUGUGGAUGACGGCAAUGAGGGCGACGUGGAUAGGAGGGCUCAGAGCGUUGUGAGCACGCGGAGCACGAGGAGCAGGAGGCAGUCCCGACGGUCUAUGUCGAUCUCUUCCGUCGAUACGCCUGCCACGGGUGCGAUGAAGAGGCAGAAACGCCCAUAAAAUAUGCGAGACUUUGGCUUCCUAUCUGUAUACUGUGUAGCUGUAUCGUCAUGCUUGACUAGCCCAUAUUUACCUUGUCCUUUCCGAGCUUAGUU